AUGGCUAGGAGAGGUUUGUUGACCGACGAUUUAUCCCAUGUCGAAUUCGAAACAAGCGAAGAUGUCGAAGUUAUGUCGACAUUUGAUUCAAUGCAUCUAAAGGAAGACCUUAUUCGUGGAAUUUAUUCAUAUGGCUUUGAACGUCCCUCUGCCAUACAGCAGAGGGCAAUUAAGCCCAUGAUUAAAGGACGAGAUGUUAUUGCCCAGGCGCAAUCCGGUACCGGUAAAACUGCUACAUUUUCCAUAGCAAUGUUACAAAUAGUGGACACACAACUCAGAGAGUCACAAGUAUUGUGUUUGUCACCCACCAGAGAGUUAGCUGUACAAAUACAAAAGGUAGUUUUGGCAUUGGGCGAUUAUUUAAAUGUUCAGUGUCACGCCUGUAUCGGCGGAACUAAUAUUGGCGAAGACAUUAGAAAGUUAGAUUUUGGACAGCACAUUGUUUCUGGAACUCCAGGACGAGUGUUUGAUAUGAUCAGGAGAAAAACAUUAAGAACACGAAAUAUUAAAACUUUAGUAUUAGAUGAAGCAGAUGAGAUGCUCAAUAAAGGUUUCAAAGAACAAAUAUAUGAUGUAUAUCGUUUCUUGCCUCCAGCAACUCAGGUUAUUCUUAUAUCUGCCACAUUACCACAUGAAAUAUUGGAAAUGACCAAUAAAUUUAUGACGGACCCUAUUCGGAUUUUAGUAAAACGUGAUGAAUUGACACUUGAAGGAAUAAAACAAUUCUUUGUUGCUGUUGAACGGGAAGAAUGGAAAUUCGACACAUUAUGCGAUUUAUAUGAUACACUGACUAUCACACAAGCAGUGAUUUUCUGUAGUACUAAAAGAAAAGUGGAUUGGCUAACAGAAAAAAUGAGAGAAUCUAAUUUUACUGUUAGUUCUAUGCAUGGUGAUAUGCCUCAAAAGGAAAGAGACACAAUUAUGAAAGAAUUUCGCGCUGGUCAAACGAGGGUUUUGAUAACAACUGACAUAUGGGCACGAGGCAUUGAUGUCCAACAAGUUUCAUUAGUAAUAAAUUAUGAUUUGCCCAACAACAGAGAAUUGUAUAUACAUAGGAUUGGUCGCUCAGGACGAUUCGGCAGGAAAGGUGUCGCAAUCAAUUUCGUUAAAAGCGAUGACAUAAGGAUAUUACGGGAUAUUGAACAGUAUUAUUCAACGCAAAUAGAUGAAAUGCCCAUGAAUG